CUUUUAUCUACACAGGAAAAACUUGAAUAGAUGCCUAAGAAUCUAUGGCCCUUUAUCCGCUUCGAAAAAGCGCAGGGUGUAAGGAAAACCGCUGAGUCAAGUGCACGAGUGCACUUAUUUAUAUUGCGUUGCUUAAAACAGCUGCGACGAUACGUCAACGCAAUCAUUUUGAUACAACUGUUGAAUAAGGCAAGGCUUCGAAGUUUUGAAGUAGAAAGAAGGAAAUACAUCACCUUUGGAAUCAGCCGAGUUUCUUCAAGGAGACAGCAGGAAUUAUGUUCACGAAAAUCUCAGCAUUCGGCGCCUUGAUCCUGUUCUACAGCUCUUACUUGGCGAGGGUGAAUUGUCAAAACAAAUGUCUUGGUGUCCACAAUUAUUGCCCCGGCGGUUAUAAAAUGCAAUCCAAAUGUGUAGAUGGGUCUUGCGUUUGUAACAGUCAAGACUACAAUUACCACUCUUGUUUGCCGGAUACAAAAGGAUGCAAAGUAUCAGUGGAUGCUGCAACAUCCCUCGGCAAACCUCAAUAUAACAACCAGCCCCGGCAGCCUACCUACAGCUGCACGCCUGGGAGCAGCAGCUCCAGUCAGUAUGAAGUGCACGUAUUAUCUGUUUACGAGGUUAUCAACAGACGUCCCCCGACCGCUGGUGACGCUACUGUUAACAUCUUCAGUGGUAAAAGGCCAGACAGACCUCUUGUACUUGUACUUGCAAGUUACGAACCUGUAAAUUGGAUCCUCAAGGUACCAUCGGACGUCACAAUAAGUAGGGUGAUACUGGUUGCAUACUACGUGGAUAAAAGUUCAGUCAGUGGAGACGUGAACCAAGUACAGGCGAUUGAACGAAAGAGUUACCGUGCCUCGUGGCCGACAGGAUAUGGUAGUGAUUCGGGCGGUGGAGAUACAGUUGGGCUUCUUAAGAAGAUUUAUGAAAAGUUUGGUGUGGUGACGUCGUUUACAGGCACUUACAAAGCAGAUAAAUGGUCUUUGAGUUUACGUUCUUCAAACGGGUCGGGGUCUAGUAUCGUCAGUAGCAGCAAAUCCUCUGCCAACACCGUCAUCACCAGCACCACACCUACCACCACCAUACCGUCUACCUCAUCCACAGCCAAGCUGCAUCGCAAAAAAUGUUACUGGUGGAACAAUGGCUAUCACUGCUCCGGCCUAUAUGGCACAAAAACAGCUGUCUGCAUCGAUGGGUACUGCGUCUGCUCUUUCCAAGACUAUGAUUAUCAUACUUGUUUGCCUGAUACAAAAGGAUGCAAGAUAUCAGUGGAUGCUGCUACAUCCCUCGGCAAACCUCAAUAUAACAACCAGCCCCGGCAGCCUACCUACAGCUGCACGCCUGGCAGCAGCAGCUCCAGUCAGUAUGAAGUGCACGUAUUAUCUGUUUACGAGGUUAUCAACAGACGUCCCCCGACCGCUGGUGACGCUACUGUUAACAUCUUCAGCGGUGGUAGGUCAGACAGACCUCUUGUACUUGUACUUGCAAGUUACGAACCUGUAAAUUGGAUCUUAAAGUUACCAUCGGACGUCACAAUAAGUAGGGUGAUACUGGUUGCAUACUACGUGGAUAAAAGUUCAGUCAGUGGAGACGUGGACCAAGUACAGGCGAUUGAACGAAAGAGUUACCGCGCCUCGUGGCCGACAGGAUUUGGUAGUGAUUCAGGCGGUGGAGAUACAGUUGGGCUUCUUAAGAAGAUUUAUGAAAAGUUUGGUGUGGUGACGUCGUUUACAGGCACUUACAAAGCAGAUAAAUGGUCUUUGAAUCUACGUUCUUCAAAUGGGUCGGGGUCUAGCAUCGUCAGUAGCAGCACAUCCUCUGCCAACACCGUCAUCACCAGAACCACACCUACCACCACCAUACCGUCUACCUCAUCCACAGCCAAGCUGCAUCGCAAAACGUGUUACUGGUGGAACAAUGGCUAUCACUGCUCCGGCCUAUAUGGCACAAAAACAGCUGCCUGCAUCGAUGGGUACUGCGUCUGCUCUUUCCAAGACUAUGAUUAUCAUACUUGUUUGCCUGAUACAAAAGGAUGCAAAAUAUCAGUGGAUGCUGCUACAUCCCUCGGCAAACCUCAAUAUAACAAUCAGCUCCAGCAGCCUACCUACAGCUGCACGCCUGGCAGCAGCAGCUCCAGUCAGUAUGAAGUGCACGUACUAUCUGUUUACGAGGUUAUCAACGGACGUCCCCCGACCGCUGCUGACGCUACUGUUAACAUCUUCAGCGGUGGAAGGUUAGACAGACCUCUUGUACUUGUACUUGCAAGUUACGAACCUGCAAAUUGGAUCUUAAAGUUACCGUCUGACGUCACAAUAAGUAGGGUGAUACUGGUUGCAUACUACGUGGAUAAAAGUUCAGUCAGUGGAGACAUGAACCAAGUACAGACGAUUGAACGAAAGAGUUACCGCGACUCAUGGCCAAUAGGAUUUGGUAGUGAUUCAGGCGGUGGAGAUACAGUUGGGCUUCUUAAGAAGAUUUAUGAAAAGUUUGGUGUGGUGACGUCGUUUACAGGCACUUACAGAGCAGAUAAAUGGUCUUUGAGUUUAAGUUCUUCAAACGGGUUGGGGUCUAGCAUUGUGAGUAGCAGCACGUCCUCAGCCACCACCGUCAUCACCAGCACCACAAGUACACCCACCACCACCAUACUGUCUAUCUCAUCCACAGCCAAGCUGCAUCGCAAAAAAUGUUACUGGUGGAACAAUGGCUAUCACUGCUCCGGCCUAUAUGGCACAAAAACAGCUGUCUGCAUCGAUGGGUACUGCGUCUGCUCUUUCCAAGACUAUGAUUAUCAUACUUGUUUGCCUGAUACAAAAGGAUGCAAAAUAUCAGUGGAUGCUGCUACAUCCCUCGGCAAACCUCAAUAUAACAACCAACCCCGGCAGCCUACCUACAGCUGCACGCCUGACAGCAGCAGCUCCAGUCAGUAUGAAGUGCACGUAUUAUCUGUUUACGAGGUUAUCAGCAGACGUCCCCCGACCGCUGGUGACGCUACCGUUAACAUCUUCAGCGGAAGAAGGCCAGACAGACCUCUUGUACUUGUACUCGCAAACUAUGAACCUGUAAAUUGGAUCCUUCAGAUACCAUCCAACAUCACUAUAAGUAGGGUGAUACUGGUCGCAUACUACGUGGAUGAAAGUUCAGUCAGUGGAGACGUGAACCAAGUACUGGCGAUUGAACGAAAGAGUUACCCAGGCUCAUGGCCAAGAGGAAUUGGUAGUGAUUCAGGGGGUGGUGAUACAGUAGGGCUUCUCAAGAAGAUAUACGAGAGGUUUGGUGUGGUGACGUCAUUUACAGGCACUUACAGAGCAGACAAAUGGUCACUGAAUUUAUCCUCCCAAAGCCAUGAGAAAAAGACGAAAUCCUCCUGUCACGAGGUCGUUGAGAAGUUAAGCAAGAGGAUUGAAUUGCUGUCUGAAGAAGUAAAGAAUCAUAAGAUGAAAAUCAUCUCUCUCAAGGAAAAGCGUGAUGAAUCGUUUGCCCCUCAAAUUUCGUCAGGUGGACCCAUACAAAAGAUUCACAGGAAUCUAGCCAGCAUUUUUGCGAUAACAGUACUAACAGCACAUAUUUAUUUGGUGAUGUGAACCUUUUACAUUUGAAAAAGCUAUGAAAUUAAGACGCAUUCUGCCGUAAACGUUGUAAGAAGAGGCCUAAAGAUUCCAAAAGUGCUGCUAAAUUUAACAGUUGUACGUUCCCUUGCUUAAAAAGAAUGGAAACACCUGCAUACAACUCUUUCUGACCACUCAGUUGUUUGUAAGUUAACUCUUGCAUUGGAAUCCUUAACACCACUUCUUACGAUAUGGUUUGUAAUAUUUUCAAUAAAAUCGUCACAUUUGAGGAA